AUGGCUCAACCAAAGCGACCCAACAUCCUCUUCAUCAUGGCCGAUGACCACGCGUCGAAAGCGAUUUCCGCGUACGGCGCGAACAUCAACCACACGCCGAACCUAGAUCGUCUGGCCAAAGAAGGCAUGCUGCUGAAUCACUGCUACGUGACCAACUCGAUAUGCACGCCUUCCCGAGCGGCCAUCUUGACGGGCACGUAUAACCACGUCAACGGCGUCGUCACGCUGGACAGCAAGAUCAACAAGAACCUGCCGAACGUGGCCAAGCAUCUCCGCACGGCGGGCUACGACACGGCCAUGAUCGGGAAGUGGCAUCUCGGCGAGGGCAAGUCGUGUCAGCCCAGUGGGUUCGAUUACUGGAGCGUCCUGCCAGGGCAGGGCGACUACUGGGAUCCGACCUUCAUCGACAUGGACGGGCACGAGCGCGUGACGGAGGGAUAUGCUACGGAUAUCAUCACGGAUAAGUCGCUGGCCUGGCUGGGCGAGAGACGGGGCAAUAAGCCUUGGUUCCUCAUGUGCCACCACAAAGCACCGCACCGAAGCUGGGAAUGUCAUGACAGGUACAAGAACCUGUACAGAGACGAAAUCAAGGUCCCCGACACGUUCUCGGACGACUACAAGAACCGAGCCAGGGCGGCCAAGAUCGCGAAGAUGCGAGUCGCGGAUGAUUUGACGUACAAGGAUCUCGGCCUCGUGCAGUCCGACGGCGGGAGGAGGCAGCUCGGCGAGAUGAUGUGGGAUGGUGCUCGCAAGAUCCCGAACAAUGCCCCGGGGCUGCGCCUGAUCGACGCGGACGAGGGCACGGUCUUUACCUUUGCCAACGACAAGGACCUGGCCGAGUUCAAGUUCCAGCGCUACAUGCAGCGGUAUUUGCGGACCAUUCAGAGCCUAGACGACAAUGUCGCAAGGCUGCUGGACUGGCUCGACGAGACGGGUCAAGCAGAGGAUACGGUCGUCAUCUACACGUCGGAUCAGGGCUUCUUUCUCGGCGAGCAUGGCUGGUUCGACAAACGCUUCAUGUACGAGGAGAGCUUCCAGAUGCCGUUUCUGUGCCGGUAUCCGCGCGAGAUCAGGCCCGGCAGCGUGAACAAUGAUCUCGUCAACAACGUCGACUUUGCGCCCUUGUUCUUGGACUAUGCCGCAGCCAGAAAACCCAACUACAUGCAAGGCCAGAGUUUCCGGAGGUUGUUAAGGGGCGAGGCCAUCGAGGAUUGGAAGCAAGUCGCCUACCACCGGUACUGGAUGCACAACGACAUCAUCCACGAAGCAUAUGCGCACUACGGCGUGCGGGAUCAGAGAUACAAGCUGAUCUAUUGGUACUGCGAGGAUAUGGGGGUCGAAGGUGCACGGCCCGGUGGAGAGGACUAUAAAGAGUGGGAGCUGUUUGAUUGCCAGGAAGAUCCGUUAGAGCUGUUCAACGUCUACGACGACCCCAAGUACCAGGACAUUGUGGCGCGGAUGACGAGACUGCUGGAGGACAAGAUGGACGAGAUUGGAGAUGAGCCCGUCCACAUCUUGAGCAGCCGACAGCCCGUGCCUCUUCCGAGACUAUGA